AUGUGGUCACAAAUUGUCCUCUGCAUGCUUGUUGGCUUUGCCUAUGCAUCAAACAUAUCGGCAUGGAAAGACAAUACCGAGUAUGUCUACCAGGUACGGGGUCGCACUAUGGCCAGUCUUCAUGACGUAUCCAACCAGUAUUCCGGUAUUCUGACAAGGGCAUUCCUCAGAAUCCAACUAAGACCAGAUGGUAAACUCCAAGCUCUCAUUACCGAGCCCGAGUACAGCCACAUCCACUCUCAGCUGCACGAUGGAUGGAAGACCUACAUCCCUGAUGCUGAGCUCACCUGGAAGCCCUUGGAAAUGUCUUCCAAACCCAUCCAGUUGGAGAUGAAACAAGGCAUUAUCACUGACAUUAUCGUGAACAAGGACAUACAAAACUGGGAAGCCAACAUGAUCAAGAGUAUCAUCAGCCAGUUCCAGCUAAACUUAGGCGGUAAUGGCGCAUACUCUAAAUCCCAGGAACAGCCAGCUGUUUUCAAAGUGUUGGAAGAUACCGUAACUGGAAACACCGAAACACUCUAUGAAAUCAGAGAAGUACCCGAAUACCUAAUCCAAAACGACGAACCCUGGCAACAACGCUUAUUCAGAUUGAAGGGUGAAGGUGAGAUUAUCGAAGUCUUGAAACAUAAGAACUACGCUAACAACGUUGAACUCCCAUCAUACUUCUUUGGAUUCGGAGAAAUGAGGGAAUGGAACGCCGCUACCAACCAAAUGGGAGAAUUCUUCCUCAGGGACUCUACCAGCCGUGCUCUGAUCACUGGAGACAGGCAACGUUUCACCAUCCAUAACUCAUACACCGUCAACAAGAUCAUGAUCAACCCAACCUUGACCGAUCAGCAGAAGGGAUCCGUUGUCAGCAUGAUGAAUGUUACAUUGGAAGAAGUUAAAUCGCAAAGCCAAAUCAUCGAAGAUGUCUUGGAACCUGUACGCCUUGGUAACCUCGUCUAUACUUAUGAAAAACCAUUCUCGCCCAUGAGUCAAGUCAGCGAGAAGAGACCUUCCAAAUACGAGGACCGUGAAAUCGACAGUAAAUACCAACGGGAAUCCUGGAACAGACUCCGUCGUUCCUUCGACUCUUCCGAAGAAAACGCGUCACCUGAGUCUGAAGAAAACUACAAACAAGACCAACCACAGAUGAGUCAAGCACCUGCGAGUCCAUUCCUGCCUUACACCACAGGAUACAAGGGUAAAUGUCUGAAACACACCAUGAACCUUGUCAAGAGCGUUAGCGACUUAGCCAGAGAAAUUGGAAAUGAAUUGCAAAACCCCCGCGAUAUUCUACGACAGCAGACUCUCAGCAAGUUCACCAGCAUGGCAUCUCUCAUCCGCGUCAUGAGUGAGGAAGAUCUCCUGAAACUCGCCAACGAAUUAUACACCACUGCUAAGGAAGGAGAGAAACACGCUGCAUGGGUUGUCUUGCGCGAUGGAUUCGCCGAAGCAGGAACUGGGCCCGCUUUCCUCGUCAUCGAGAAAUUAAUCCAGGCUAGAAAAAUCAAGGGGCUCGAAGCCUCCCAAAUCAUCUCCUCAAUGACUGACUCAGUCCGUCAACCAACCUUCCAAUACAUUAAAUCUUACUUCGAACUCAUCAAGAAAGAGGAAGUUCGCUCGCAAUGGCCAUUGAAUGAUACCGCUCUUUUGAGUUUCACAGAGCUUGUCAGCAGAGUUUACUUCGAUGAAGAAUACUACAAGAACCAAUUCCCCAUCAAAGCAUUCACUCAAUUCUACUCUGAGGAAGGCAAAAAAUUCAUCAGAGAAUCUGUUAUCCCUUACCUUGGCAAAGAACUCCAAGAAGCCAUUUCCAAAGCUGAAACCCACAAAAUCCACGCCUACAUCCGUGCUCUUGGCAACAUCGGUGACGCUAGCAUAAUGACAGUCUUCGAACCAUACCUUGAAGGCCAAAAGAAAGCUUCCCAGUACCAACGCCUAUUGAUGGUAAUUUCUAUGGACAGACUAGUGAAAACUAACCCAGAAGUAGUCCGUGAAGUAUGUUUCAAAAUCUACCAGAACACCGCAGAAACUGAAGAAGUGAGAAUCGCUGCAGUUUACCGUUUGAUGGCAAGCCAACCAUCCACUGACAUGUUGCAGCUUAUGGCCUCUUACACUCACGUUGAUAAACAAGAGCACGUUAAUGCUGUAGUCAAAUCAGCAAUUGAGCGUUUUGCUGAAUUGGAAGGAGAUGAACUCUACAAAUUUCGUCUGUCUGCUGAAGCUGCGAGGCCUCUUCUGACUAAAAAAACCUACGGUUUCCAAUAUGGCGGAAAAUACCUACGUGAACACAUGAUCCACGAACUCAACCAACAUUACUCCCAAAUGUUGAACAUCUAUGGAAGCAAAGAUAGCUAUUUCCCUAAAGGAUUCGAAUACAUUCUGAACUCGAAACUUGAUGGUUUCUGGAAACCCUUGAUGCAUGUGCAAGCCUAUGUAUCCAGUUUAGAUGAAAUGAUCCGUGUAGGUAAAGAACAGACCAACAGCUUCAAAGACAAAGCACAACGACAGGAACAGAACGCCGAAGAGCAGAGGCAGAACCCUUGGUCCAGUCGCAACGUUGCUCAGUUACUCAACAUGAAAUCAGAGAUCAGUGAGCAACUUGAAGGAAGUAUUUACAACAUGCUGCCAGGAUCACCACUCAAGAUGUUAUCAUUCGACAACAAGACCAUCGAAAGAUUCCCAGAAGUCAUCCGUCAGUUCCAAGAUGAAUUCAAGAACGGUAAGAAGAUCGACUUCCACAAAAUCUUGAACAACAACGAGAUGGCACUGGCUUUCCCUACUGAAAUGGGUUUGCCAUUUGUUUACACCUACGAUAUGCCAAUGCUCUUCCAAGUUCAAGGUGAACUCAAAAUUGUUGCUUCCCCUGAUGUAUCUAGAAAUGGUCAGAUUUAUAAACCAGACAGCAUUAGGAUUCAAUCAGAUAUGGGCAUUACUGUGACCGCGAAGAUGCAAGGACGUCUAGGAUUCACUACUCCAUUCGACCACCAACAGUACAUUGCUGGUUUCGACAAGCAAUUCCAAAUCCAUGUCCCGGUACACGGUAACAUAGAUAUUGAUAUCAAGAACGGUAAAGUCAAUUUCGAAUUCGAAGCUGUUGAGAAACAUGAAGGAGCUCAUGUCUUCCACUACAGUACUUGGCCAUACACAUCCAGGGUUGACAUUCUCAAUUUGAAACCCCUGCACCUCCAACCUAACACCCAUGUAAUCAGGCAACAGAAAUUGCGCCAUUUCGAUGAAAUCAUUGGCCAAAAACAAUGGGGAAUGGCCUUCCAUGUACAAAUCGAGCACGAGAGGCAAACGUUAGAGACCCCUCUUCUCAAAAAUCUCUUCAACAGACAUGGAUUCUUUGCUGGACUCAUGGGCUCGUGGAACGAUGCCACCAUUCAGUACAGCAAAUUCAGUGUUUCUUACCUCCCCAAGGAAUCGUCCACCAGGAAAAUUGUUAUGCGAUUUGGAUACCAGAACAAAUACAACGCACAUCCCGAUGAGGUACAAAGAUCUGUGGACUGGACACAGUUACGUGAAUCUUCUGAUGCAGAGACCCUUCGGGAAAAAAUCAUGAGUAAGGUUGCUGAAGGUAUAACAAACGUCAAAGUUGAAGCCGUUGAUGCCUCAGCCGAAUUACAAGGAGACAAAACCAUCAAAUUCCUUUUUGGUGCUGGAUACGGAAAGAGCGUGGUGGAUCCUAAAUCUCGAACAUUGGUUUACUGGAGAAUGACCUCAGAUGACCAGGAAUUCAGACCCUAUGAAAUGACAUUCGAAUCCAAGGGUUACAUUCCCAAUACUAACGCUCUGGACUUGGAAUUUGCUUUGAAACACGAACCUAGGGCUGAUGUCAAACUGGUACUUGCCUAUGGACCAAUGGAAGGACAGAAAACAAGAAUUCAAACUGAUUUUGAAUACUCCAGGAGCGAAGACCGCAAACAGUACUUGAAACAGCUGCCAUUAUACCAACAGUGCAAACACGAAAUGCGCGAGGGCAACAAACAAUCGCCUGCCUGCACUAACAUGACAUUAGCUGCCAAUCUCUUAGACCAUACCACCGUCAAAGUUCAAUACGAAAACGUGAAACCAUUCUUGGUUGAAGCUUUCAGAACCGCUUACGAUGCCCUUCGUGUCCAGUACCUUCCAGAUACUCCACUAGAAGCCAACCAGUUAUUUGUACGAGCUCGUUUCCACCCCGACUUCAAAUUCGUUAACGUGACAGUAGAAUCCAAAGACGAAAAAACCGAGUUCAGAGAUAUUGCUGCCAAUGACUGGGCCAGACAAGUAUUUGUUGUCCACCCCGUCUUCCAUCUCCCAAGCCGUAUGAUGGGUCAAGCUUUUGGACUCCAAACUUACAGACCAAUGUGUGUGGUUGACCAAACUCAAGCCAACACCUUCAACAAUCGCUCAUACCCAGUGGAACUCUCCAAAGAAUGGACUGUGAUGUUACAAUACAUCCCUGAAGUAGCACGCCGCAAUCAGAACCAAGGGGAAGCCACUGAACAGAUCAAACGUCAACUUGACAACUUCAUCGUUCUUGUUCGUCAAAGCACCGAAUCCAGCGAGAAGAAGGAUGUGAAGAUCGUCAUCAGCACUCCAGAAACCGAGUCCAAGACCCUCGAGAUCACCAUGACCCCCAGCUCCCACAGUUCUCCCAAACCAAAAGCCACAGUAACCGUCAACAAACAACAAGUGGAGAUCAGCGAAGAUAAGAGCUACGACUCCUACAAUGGUUUCGUCCAGAUCUACGCCUUACCCAAUGGAGAAGUCAAAUGCGAAGUUCAAGGUACCUUCUACAUCAUCUACGAUGGAUCUCGUGCAAGACUCACAGUCCUCGAUGGCAAGUUCAGAGACGACGUCAGAGGACUCUGCGGCAGGUUCAACGACGAGAAGAUCGAAGAUAUGACUGCUCCAGAGAACUGUAUCGCCCGUGACUGGAGGAAGUUCGCUAAGAGCUUCGAAGUCCAAAGUCAAGAAGGAAAACAAGUCAGAGAGGAGUUCUCAGAGAACAAGGGGUGUGCUAAGAAGCAAUACCCUCUGUACUUCGACGUCGUGUCCGAGGAUUUCAUCAAGAGAGGAGAACAGCCAACUGGUACAUGCAGCAUCACCCAGACCAGAUACGUCCAACAGAAUGGUGAGAUCUGCUUCACUACUCGUGCCUUGUUGAGCUGUAGGAGCCAGUGCCAAGUGCGUGGUUGGGUGACCAAGAACGUGCCAGUCCACUGUAUUCCCAAGAGCAACGUUGCCCAGUUGUGGAAGAACCAGAUCGACAUGGGAGCAAGCCCUGACUUCAGCCACAAGAAGGAACACAAGAGGAUCGAUAUGCAGGUUCCCCAGAGCUGUUCCGAAUGA